GCCGCGGCCACUGGGCUCUGCAGAGCGAGCGAGUGGUCAGCGCGGAGCCGGAGGUGCGCGUGUCCCAUCCCAAGGCCGACGCCAGCUCGCAGGCAUGGCCCCCGCAGCGGCUUCGGGUGGCAGCUCCCUGCCCAGUGGCUUCUCGGUCUUCGUCACCUUCCCUGACUUGCUCUUCAUCUUUGAGUUUAUCUUCGGAGGCCUGGUCUGGAUCCUGAUCGCCUCCUCCUUGGUGCCCAUCGCCCUGAUCCAGGGCUGGGUGAUGUUCGUGUCUGUGUUCUGCUUCGUGGCCACCACUUCCCUGAUGGUCAUGUACAUAAUUGGUACUCAUGGCGGUGAGACGUCCUGGAUCACACUGGAUGCAGCCUACCACUGUGUGGCCGCCCUGUUUUACCUCAGUGCCUCAGUUCUAGAAGCCCUGGCCACCAUCAUGAUGCACGAUGGCUACACCUACAAGCAAUACCAUGAAAACAUCUCUGCAGUGGUGUUUGCCUACGUGGCCACUCUGUUCUACGUGGUCCAUGCCGUGUUUUCCUUAAUCAGAUGGAAGUCUUCAUAGGACGGAAGAUCCAGAGUUGGAAACCCAGAUGGCAUUAACUGACCAGCCCUUCUCCCCCAUUAACUUCCUAGAGCACAGAUAUGACGGCAGUGGAGGAAAGAAAACCAGCCAAAAAGCAAACAAGACAAAAACAAAAGGAAGCCAUGUUCUGUUUCUCUUGGGUGUCAUGUUUACCUUCUGUCAAGGGUUAAGGGCUUGCUGUGUUUAACCUCUGGCUGAGGGAAAAAGGAGCUGUCUUGCCAGGGGUCUCUGCCCUUGACAGGGACAGUGGAUGGGAACUUUGAUCUGAAGAAAUGACGAUUUUCCCCUUGACCCGAAGAGCAUGUCUUAAGAAUAGCCUCUUGGAAUUCCCCACAGGCUCUUUAGAGCAUUCAUCUCCUGGCAUGUCUUAGUCUUUGUGGAUAGUCCGAAUGUCACAGGGACUGAAAUUCACCCAACAGAGGUCUCCAGAUGUUCAUGGUGGAUGAUGAGCCCCUCUGAAAUACUUUAUUAAAUGCCUUUAUAUCUUGCUUCAAAGGUA